AUCAGUCUCAGGCUUCAGUGUAAACCAUUGUUUCAUACUUGACAUUUCACUAUAAUUGUCUGAAAUGGUUUCAUUGCUUUUGAUAUGGGGAAUAGUGGUGAUUCUGUGCUUAACGCUAUGGCUUGUUCUGGGAAUUAGGAGGAGGUAAGGAGGAUUGUUUUCAUAUAUUAUUUUAUGAAGUUUUCUUCUCUGUUUAAAAUCAUAAUAUUAGCAUUUGUGUUUGUUAAUUAAAAUUAAUGAUAUAUAUUAUAUUUUCAUAUAUUAGUAAUGUGUAUAAUUAUAUAACAUAUGUAUAAUUUUAUAAAAUUAGUAUGUUUAACAAAAACAGUCUGGUUUAGUGGUAUCUAGUUUGUUUAUUUAUUUAUUUAUUUAAUGAUUCACUUUUUAUGUGUACAUGCUUUCCAAAAAAGGUGAGAUGCUCCCAAUUACUUAAACUAGGCACAUAAUAAAUAUAAAGAAAAGGAACAAAUGCAUGCAACAUAUCUGUGUCAGCUAAUUAAUUAUGUGAAUUGGAAUAAAGAGUGUCUAAUUUAUCAGAAGUGGCUAGCAUUGUUGUUCCUUUGGUCUGAAUAAUGUAAACAGGAUGCUUAAUGACUUUUCCUACAUUGUCAUUAUACUGUUUCUGUUUUUUGCUCGUUAGAUUAAAGAGAGAGAGAGAUGAAUGUUAUCUGUGUGUGCUUUCUAUUGAACGAUAAGAAGUUGUACUACUAAAAUGUAAUCUGCAGCAGACAUCCAAAUGGAGGAAUAUAUCCAAAGACAUAGCAAUUCAGCAUGUGCUUUCCGUUCCUUGCCCCAAAUUACAACCUUGGUUCAAAUAUGAAGCUCUAAGUGUGAAAGAAGCCAACAAUAAUUCAUUUAUCUUUCUUUGAUGGGUUCAGAUUAUUUGAUUGCCCAUGAGAUUAAUGAUCAGUAACGCUCCACAAUACUGCAUUAAAUUUUCCCUACUUGCUGUUUUACAUGUGCAUUACUAUUGAUGACUGGAUGAGGGAGAGAACACAUCUGUGUAGGCGUCUAAAGAUUCAACCAGGCUGUUCAAGGAGGCUUGAAUUAACAAUAAAAUGUGAAUGUGGACAUGUGCAUUGGCUAUGCAUGCAAGCAGCUGCUUUUGCAUGAGACUCUUCGCUCUGAAAUCAGAGCAGUAGUUGAGUAGUAGAUAUGCAGAACAGUCAACACAGUUAAAGCUGGCAGGCUUGAUUUCUACACAGACGCACACACAGCAGCAAUACUAGUAGAUCUAUUGUUCCAAAGAGCAAACAAGGCAGAGCACUCAAACCCAACAGAUACUGCAUCUAUGGCAGCAAACCAGCUGCCAAGUCUGGGCUUAGCAGACUCUCAGAGGUGGCUUCUUUCACAUAGAAAAUACAUUUAAAAAUACGUAUUUAUAUCUCAACUCUGCCCAACACACAUGCAUGCUCUGUAAUAUUCAUUUGGUAAUAAAACUUAUCCAGGUAAACAUAGUUUGCCAUGAACUACAAUUUCUAUUUAAAAUAAAAAGACACACCAACCAAGAGUAAACAAGGUAGUAGUGAUAUGUUUAAAAGCAAAGGUAAAUUUCAUCAAAUUUGAUUUACAGUGUGUCUGAUGCAUUCUCUUUGUCAGGGCUAUAACAAGCUUCUGUAUUGUACCAAACUCAUUAUUUGCCAGUUAUCUAUUGCCUUCUUAGUGCAUUUAUUACUCAGAGGAGGGCAAUUCCUUCUAGCAGUGAUGGAUGUGUGUAAUAAAUAGAUUCUUGCGCAGCAGAUUUGAAGGUCGUAUAUUAAUUUACAGCCAUAAUCUUCACCUUGUAUAUAUUGCCUUUUGCAGACGUCCAAGUGAGCCACCCUUGGAGAAUGGGCUACUGCCGUAUCUUGGCUGUGCUUUGCAGUUUGGUGCCAAUCCUCUCAACUUCCUCAGGACAAGACAAAAAAAAUAUGGUCCCGUUUUUACUUGCAAAUUGGCUGGAAAAUAUGUUCAUUUUCUCACUGACCCCUUUUCAUAUCAUGCAGUGAUUGGACACGGAAAACACCUGGACUGGAAAAAGUUCCAUUUUGCAAUCUCUGCAAAGGUAGCAUUUAACUUUACCUGUUAAAAAUAUUCAUGGUCUAUCCUUCAUCUAUACAGACACCAGAAUUAUGGAAUAUGAAAUAAAAUCAGCAGCAACAAAAUAUGUGCAAAAAUAGACUAUUGGGCAUCUUAAAACAACAGAGCAAGCUAAACAAAUAUCAGCUUACUGAUCUUAAAAUGCACCAAGAAGGGAGAAAUACCCAAUAUAAAAGUUGUGCCACCAAACAGCAAAUUUGAGCCGACAUUACAAGUGAGACGUAGUUUGCGUCACAGGCCAAACUGGGGCACUUGCUGGGCCAAAUUUGGCCUAGGGCCCGGAAGUUCCCCACCCACCAGAUUGAAAUUGACUCUUACUUGAAAUGAUCUUUACUCAGACUAGUAACAGUGCAGGCUUGGCAGCAAGCCCAAGCUCCAGAAGUCAAGUUUCCAAGGUACACGAGCGAGACCAGAAGUUCAUAACUGAAUGGAAGCUAUGAACAUGCCCUGACAGUUGAAGUGCUCCUCCCACCAACUUUUAAAGAUCUGGAGUGAGCUCUCUCACAAGACUAUCUCACACUAUGAUGCUACCAUGUCUGCACACGGAUGAUCCAUCUGUGCAGAUGUGCCUGAUCCCACCUAUGAUAGUGGCACCUGGUUAUUGGAGACAAGACUGUGUCCUGCCCCUCUGUCUCCAGCUUCAAUGUCACCUUGCCCUGAUCAGCCUCUGUCUCUGACUGGUCAAAUCUUCCCAGUUCCCUGCUGAAGCUCUGUGUUCCAUGAGAGGGAUGGUGGAGAGAGCCAGCCAAUCUUUUACCCGUUCUUUCUCAUGUGGAGUCAUGUUAGCCAUCCAGCCCUCCCCCCCUCCCCAUCUGUUCCUCCGUGUUCCUCCUUCUCCUCUUCUUUCUGGGGCUGCCAAACCAUGCCAGAUCCUAAUGGAGCUAAGGGAGAUCCUUCUUACCUUUUUAAAGUGCAAUUGGAAGUGGAGCCCGAGGUUCUCAUUAAGUUGUAAUUAGUUUCCCUUAAUAUUCAUAUCUCAAUAAUAUAACUGUCUCCACAAUGAGCCUUAAAUCCUUCCUUAAUGUACAUGAAAAUUGAUUUUAAGUACAUAUUUAAAUGAAUCAAUAUUGGUCCAUUUAAGAAAAUCAAGCUGCAUUGUUUGUGCACUUACUUGGCAGUAAGCAAGCCCCAUUUAAAUUCCUAGGCUUUACUCAUGAGUAACAUGUAUAGGAUUGUGAACCACAGAUUGCUGGAAUAGAUAUUAGUUUACAAUAUAGUUGCUAUGAAUUGAUUUGUUUUGAUGUCUAGGUAAGUUUUAUUUUAAUUUGAAGUAAAUUAAUACAUAUUGGCAGCAACAAUGCACAGAUUAACGUUCCACCAGAUGAGUCUUACCAUAACCUAAAUCUGAUUGAUUCAGGCUCCAUUUCCAUCCAUGCUAACCUAGAUUAAGGCCCAAUGAGUCCAGUAGGGCUUUCUUCAAAGUAAGCAUGGAAAAGAGGGUGCCCUCAGUGGUACUUAUUUCCAGUCAAGUAUGCUCUGGAUUACUGGUUCAGUGUCCAAGCCUUAUCUAUUGUCUUCUAUGAAAUUUGGAAUGUUAUUAUGAAAGUUGAAGUACAUUUCUACAAGGUGUGUGUGUGUGUGUUUGUGCGUGCAUUGCUCAGUAUUGGUAACAGCAAGUUUGUACGGUUAAUUGGCUUCACUGUCCUCCUUAAAACAUAAACCGUCUUCACCAGACAGCUAUUAAGAUGAUGGAUUUCGAAAUCUGGAAGAAAAGAUUUAGGAUUACUCUCAAAUUUAGUACUUAAUAUCAUUUUGCCAUCCUCCUUGGCAAAACUACAGCCUGUUCCAACUCCUCUUGGAGACAAUUACAAAUCCUUAAAUGGAUACUGGAUAGGGGUUCUAAGUGGUCAUACUUUAUCUGUCAACAUCCAUCAACAUCCAUGUUUAAUGAUUUCUAUUCCUGUACUAAACUAUGGAGAAAAUAUUUUGCCUCUGAUUUCACUUGUAAAUUAUUCUUCACUUAGGGCAGCAUCCAAAGCGCUGCAGGCAGUUUUCUGCUUAGACACAGCUUUUCAGCUGUAUCUCAAGGUGCAGCCUCCCAACAAAGGCCCUCAGAGGUGGAAUGCUUUUCAUAAAUGGUACCCUAUGAGAUGCAAAGGGCUGUGCCUGCCUGCCUGAGUAACUAUUUUGCUCCCACAUGCCAGCAGGCAGAGGUGUGGGCAGGGGGAAGGGAUCGGAUAAAUAAUAAAUUGUGAAUAAAUUGUAACAUUCCCCAUUUUUUCACAACAGGCAUUUGGACAUGGUAGUAUUGACCCAGAUGAUGGAAACACCACUGAGAAUAUACACCAGACCUUCACCAAAAAUCUGCAGGGUAAUGCAUUAACCUUUCUCGCUGAGUCCAUGAAGGAAAACCUGCACUAUGUCAUGGUAGAACCAAAUGCAUCGAGAAUUGACUCCAGUGACUGGGUAACUGAUAAACUUUAUGAAUUCUGCUGCCGUGUGAUGUUUGAAGCUGGGUUUCUAACACUGUUUGGCACAGAUUUUAACCCAGUGGGCCAUGACAAGGGCCUUUCUGCCAACCAAGAAGCCCACAGAGCAUUUAUCCUCAGUACCCUGGAGAACUUCAAGGUAUUUGACCAAGUCAUUCCGGCCCUUGUGGCAGGCCUACCAAUCCACCUGUUCAAAGGUGCCCGCAGUGCACGAGAGAAGCUAGCUGAUGCUCUGCUCCACAAGACCCUUAAAAAAAGAAAAAACAUAUCUGAGCUCAUUUCCCUCCGCAUGUUCUUCAAUGAUACUCUCUCCACUUUUGAUGAAAAGGAAAAAGCAAAGACCCACCUUGCAGUUCUGUGGGCUUCACAGUCUAACACAAUACCUGCAACCUUUUGGACUUUAUUCUUUCUUAUUAGGUAAGUAGCUACAUUUCCCAUGCUACAGACUUUGGCUUACCAUUUACCAGAUGGAACGUAACGUGGUGGACAUGUCGCCGCUCAUGAGCUGCAUUUCCCUGCACUGGUCUUGGACAGUGCAAGCCUAAUGAUGUCUACUCAAAAGUAAGUCCUAUUGAAUUCAAUGGGGCUUACUCCCAGGUGAGUGGGAUGAAGACUGCACCUUUAUUUCUUUUGUUCUUUUUACCUCUCCCUCUGCUAUCCCAGAGUUGUCCUUAGUUAUGGUAGCUCCAUGUUCAGAAGCGAUGCACAUCUAAAAACUAGAUUCUGGGGACAAACAAAUACAGUGGUACCUCAUGUUAAGAACUUAAUUUGUUCCAGAGAUCCGUUCUUAACCUGAAACUGUUCUUAACCUGAGGUAUCACUUUAGCUAAUGGGGCCUCCCGCUGCCGCCGUGCCACCACGUGAUUUCUGUUCUCAUCCUGAAGCAAAGUUCUUAACCCGAGGUACUAUUUCUGGGUUAGUGGAGUCUGUAACCUGAAGGUACAACUGUAAUUGAAGAUGGCUAUUGCCCUGAUGUCCUGCUUGUAUAUUUCCCAGGAGUGGGGACGGGCAUGAGGGUUUGGCCAAAAGCAAGUUACUUAGGUAGGUGUUACAUGUUUGGAGGGUGUGGUUCAAAGUGGUCAUUUCAUACUGAGUUGGUAUGAAAAACAACAUUCAGUGCUAGGGCCAGGGUACCUAGAGCAGGCAAUCCCAGCUUGGAUCUCUCAAAGCCUCCAAGAUACAACUAGAUGAUCAUGCCAUCCUUGAUAAUUCAGGCCUGCCUGCAACUCUCCCCUGCUUUUGGAUGCACCUGCAGACAAUGACUCGCACUUUCUUUUUCUUGCACUAAUUGCAUGGACUAGAUUAUAGUGAUAAUUGUACUAUGGUUUCAGGUAAAAAAGUAAAAGUAAAAAAAAAAAGUUAAAAAAUUGUACUUUUUAAAUUUCAGGAAUCCAAAAGCAAUGGAAGCAGCUAUUGAAGAGGUGCAACGGGUGUUAGAAGAUGCUGAGAUAAAGAUAGACUCGACCAGGAAACCUAUUUCUUUGAACCGGAAACAGCUGGAUGAUAUGCCUAUAUUAGGUAUAGUUGCUUAACCUGAAUCCUCUACUUUUACAUACUAACGAUAAAAUAACAUAUUCCAAUAUUUAGGAACCAUUAUAUGAUUGAAACUGAUCAGUUCUCUAAUGCUCUUAGUUACAGUCAUGUUAUCCUAAAUAUGUGACAACAAUCAGUUUCUUUCUAACUACAAUAGCAUUUGGUGGAAGCAUACAAAUUCCAAGGAAUUUUGUUGUUCUCCCCAUUGACUUUCUUUUAUUUGUGUCCAUCACAUUACUUUGAAUUUUGCAAUCUGAGCAGCAGCACACCUGUGUAUACUGUAUCUAGGUUGAAGGUUUCUCUUUCUUUCUUUCCUACACAGAUAGUGUUAUCAAGGAAGCAAUAAGGCUCUCCAGUGCAUCUAUGACAGUCAGAGUUGCUAAGGAAGAUUUCGUUUUGCAAUUAGGCAGCAACUCCUACAAUAUCCGCAAAGAUGACACCAUAGCUCUUUAUUCCCAGCUGUUGCAUUUUGAUCCAGAAAUCUACUCUGACCCCCUGGUGAGUAAUUGACAGCUUCAAAACAAAGCUGCGAACAUCAGCAGAAUUGCCUUAGUGCUUGCAGCCAACCACUUGACAUCAAUAUUGUUGCCUCUUAUUGCACACAAGUGCUGGUGUUUUGCUAGAUGAAUUCCAGAGCUCUUUAAAAGGCAUUCUGGAGUGAAGCAAGGAAGGAACAUUUAGCACCAGCAGUUGUAUGCCAAACAAGCAGAAACUUUGGUAAAAAAUUAUGAUUAAAAAUGUUCCCUCUCCUUUUCCAAUUUCAUGAGCACAAAAGAGUUGAUUAAUACUUUAAUAAUUACAGAACUGCUAGCUGUAAUUUAUUUUGUAUUUCAAUAAUUAACUGAGAUGAAUUUAUUUUAUCUUUAUUGAAAAAGAAUGGUAGAACAUUUGGCAACUCAAGCUUUUAGAGGAACUCGUAUACAAAUCCAAUUUAAAGUAUUAAGGAAGAUGAACACACAUUAAUAUUUCAUUUGCAAAUCUGAAAUAAUCUUAUGCUUCCUAAAUGAUGUUGAGUUUAAAACUGCAUUAUUUUGGACUUUUUUUUGCAGACAUACAAGUAUGACCGCUAUCUUGAGGAAAAUGGAAAGGAAAAGACCACUUUUUACCGCAAUGGUCGCAAAUUAAAAUAUUAUUAUAUGCCUUUUGGAAUGGGACUUGCAAAAUGUCCUGGAAGAUUAUUGGCCGUUCAUGAAAUUAAACAAUUUUUGACUUUAUUGCUAUCUUAUUUUGAAGUGGAGCUUCUUGACAAGAAUGUGACAUGCCCGUCUUUAGACCAAUCGCGGGUCGGACUUGGUGUUUUACAACCUACAAGUGACAUUGAUUUCAAGUACAGAUUAAAAUGCCUAUGAAUGUGUGGAAGAAAAAUGUUGUUUGUGUAUUUGGUCCCCACAGGGGUAAAAAAAUUCAUGCAAUGAUGGCAAUGGAAUGCAUUAGGAGGAAUAAUGAGGGCUGGGAGAAACUAUGUUGCUUAAUAUGGUUGUAUAGAAAAUGUUUCCUUUUUUUAUAGGCUCAAAAAUAACAAGAAAUACUAUACAUAUCUACUCUAUGUGCUACUGCUGGGUCUCCAGUGGAGCUUUUGAGUCAUAGUAGGGGUGUCAAUGUGAGGAACGUGUGUUCGGAGAACACAGUUUUGUGCUGGCAGGUACAAGAGAGAUGGAAGAGACCAGCAAAUCACCUGUAUAUCCCGCUACUGAUUUUGAGGCCUGUGAUUUUUGUCAGGACUGAGAAGGGGAGAGAAAAAGCAUCUGGGCCUUAUUGACACCAUCUUUUUAUUUUGUGUUUGCUUUUUGGCUAUAGACAAGGGGUGAGAUGCUUCUUGCUGUGGAUACCUGUAGGCAACCAUUCAUAAGUAUUAAAAAAUACUGCUCAGGAUAAGAGCCUGAAUGGAUUGCAGAAUAGGGAUGAAAGGUCCCAGCAUGAGUCUGUUGUCACAGAGUGAAGCCCUCCUUGCGUGAGAGGCAGAGGGGGAGUGAGUGGGCUGCAACAGGUGAAAAAUGGGGUGGGAACUGUUGUUUAAACCAAUGGUUGUUUAAUCUGUUUGAAUGUUCUGUGUUGUUGUUUUUUACCAUAGGUAUUUGGUUAAAUAUAUGUAUAUAUGUAUUGCAAGUAAGUAAAUAAGUGACCAAGCUUCUGAGCUGACGAAGAGGUUACUUUAUCUCUUUCUGUAGAAGCUGGUUGCACAAUGCCGCAAACAAACAGACAAAAAGGGGUUAUGAUUUAGCGUCAUCAGGGCAGUUGGUACAAAACUUGUCCUGAUCUUUGGAAGAGGAUAAAAUGCUUAUGCAGGCAGGGAUGGUGCUUAUUUAAGGCUACUAUAUGCUGGGCAUUCAAGAUUCUUAAAUGUAUCAUGUUCCAACCUUCACAUUUCUCCAAAUGAGGUGUGUAUGUGUACAUUGUUUAUUUCUGUUCAUUACAUUUUCUUCAAUAAAAUAUCUCAAUCACUUUUCAAA